UUCAACUCUGAAGAAGAGAAAGAAACAACCCUUCCAGCAAGAAAGAAGGCAUUAACAUCUGAGAUCAGCCGGCUAGAAUUGCAUGAAGGUUUAAUGGCAAAGUUUCCUCAUCUGUAGUUUGAGUACAAACGUCCAGAAAAAAAUUGGAAUCCAAGUAAUGUGAAAGGCCUUGUUGUGACUCUUAUAAUUGUGAAAGAUCUUUCCAAAGCAAAAGUCCUGGAGGCAGUGGCUGGAGAGAAACUCUAUAACAUUAUUGUGAACACAGAGGUGACUGGCAAAAAGCUUUUAGAAAUGGGUGAACUAAAGCAUCGAUACACCAUCAUUCCACUAAACAAAAUUUCAGCCAGAUGUGUUCAACCAGACAUGGUCAAGCUGGCCCAAAGCUUGGUUGGUCACGAUAACUUGCAUUUAGCCUUAGCCAUAGUUGCAUAUGAACCUGAACUGCAGAAAGCAAUGGAAUAUGUCUUUGGGGCAACACUGAUAUGCAAUAACAUGGAUAAUGCUAAGAAAGUGACCUUUGACAAAAGGAUAAUGACGAGAACUGUUACUCUUGAUGGAGAUGUGUUUGACCCCCAAGGCACUCUGCAUGGAGGUGCAUCCUCACAGGCUGCACCAAUAUUAUCUAAACUUCAAGAAAUGAAAGAUAUUGAAGCAGAACUCAAGGCAAAGGAAUCUGAAAUUGAGACUGUAGAGAAUGAGUUGGCAAGCUUGAAGAAGGUUGCUGAAAAGUACCGGCAACUGAAGCAGCAGUGGGAGAUGAAGUCUGAGGAAGCAGAGCUGCUGCAAAAGAAGCUUCAUCAAAGUGCUUAUCACAAACAAGAGGAAGAACUGCUCUCCCUGAAGAAAACCAUUGCGGAGUGUGAAGAGACAUUAAAUAAAACUGAAGAAAGAAAAAAGAAAGUAGAAGACAAAUACAGGGAAUUAGAGAAAAAUAUUAAAAAUGCAGAACCAGAAUAUGCAGAAGAACGAAAAAAUGCUGAACAGGCACUAGCUGCUGCCAAGAAAAAGGCAGAUGCUUCAAGCAAAAAAAUAAAGAAUAUGCAACAGGAAGUCAAAGCUUUAGUUCUGGAACUUGAAGAGCUGAAACAAGAACAGGCUUCCUGUAAACAACAGAUAGCAGCUGCAGAGGAAGCAAUCAAAUUCUACCAGGAGCAAGUUGAUGCUAUGGCAACUGAGGUCGCUAAGGCAGAGGAAUCUGUAGAGAAAUCACAGAAGGAGCUGACCAAACAAAAGGAAGUAAUCAUGUUACAUGAUAAUGCAAAUAAAGAAAAAUCUGAAGAGAUGCUAAAAUACAGAGAGCAAAAUAAUGAAUUACAUUUUAAGAUUAAAGAAUUAGAACAUAACAUCAUCAAAUGUCAACAAGAGGCUGCUGAUGCUGCCGCCAAGAUAACCAAAAUGCUGGCAGAGCACAAGUGGAUAGCUUCAGAAAGAGCAUUCUUUGGUCAGCCAAACACAACCUAUGAUUUCAAAAAUGACGAUCCUAAAGAGGCAGUUCAAAAACUGCAGAAACUGCAGGACCUUAUAGAGAAGUCAGGAAUGAAUGUGAACCCGAGAGCUAUGAACCUGCUCGCUGACACAGAGGAGAGGUACAAUGACUUAAUGAAGAAAAAAAGAACUGUAGAGAAUGACAAGUCAAAAAUUCUUGCAGUUAUUGACGAGCUUGACCAGAAGAAAAAAGAAUCUUUAGACAUUGCUUGGAAAAAGGUAUGAAACUUGAAAUCUAAUCUUCAUGUUUUAGCAGAACAUCAGAUUUAACUUAGAUAACUGUUUUGUGUAUUUCCAUGGGAAAAAAAGGCUCUUUUCAAAAGUAAUAUCCCUUACCUAGUAUUUAAGUUAUAAAACAACCACUUAAUUUCUCCUGUUUAAUCUCACUUUUGAGAAUAAGAUAUUCUCUGAGAAUUGUAAUGAUCCAGUUAAACCUGCAAAACUACUUCACCAUUCCGUUUCGGUGCCCACAAAAAUUUAAGGAAUAUUAUACUACUGGCCUACUGAAAUACA